UGUUUGCCCCUUGUUCGCGUUCACCGUCGACGAGACGAGCCGUCUGGAAAUUUGUCUCGUGGUUUCGACACAAAACAUUUUUGUAAACGUUUUUCUCCCUUUUCCGGGCACGGUUGUGGUCUUAUAAAUCCAAACACGCUGCCCUCGGUUGUCGGAACCAAACCAGAGAAUGGCUGCCGCCGAGGUGAACGGUAGUUCUGCCCUAAUAAGGGAGGAAGAAGAACCCAUGGAUGUUACAGGGACACUCUCGGAAAGCUACCAGAUACUCAUUGAUGCUGGGCUCCCACAGAAAGUUGCGGAAAGUCUAGACAACAUCUUUCAAACAGGCCUGGUGGUAUAUGCUGAAUUGGAUGAGAGGGCUAUUGAUGCUUUGCGUGAGUUCAGUGAAGAGGGGGCACUUGCUGUGCUGCAGCAGUUCAGAGAGAGUGACCUGUCGCAUGUACAGAACAAGAGUGCUUUCCUCUGUGGAGUAAUGAAAACUUACCGACAAAGAGAGAAGCAAGGUAGCAAAGUACAAGAGUCCACCAAAGGGCCAGAUGAAGCAAAGAUAAAGGCUCUUUUGGACCUGACGGGAUACACUUUAGACGUCACUACAGGGCAGAGGAAAUAUGGAGGCCCCCCGCCUGAGGAGGUUUUCAAAGGAAUUCAACCAGGGAUUGGGACAGAGGUGUUUGUUGGAAAAAUCCCAAGAGACUUGUAUGAAGAUGAGUUGGUGCCACUCUUUGAGUCUGCCGGCCCUAUCUGGGACCUCAGGUUAAUGAUGGAUCCGCUUUCUGGUCAAAAUAGAGGUUACGCCUUCAUUACAUUCUGCAAUAAGGAUGAUGCGCAAAAGGCUGUGAAGCUUUGUGAUAACUGUGAAAUUCGCCCUGGGAAAUACUUGGGAGUGUGUAUAUCUGUUGCAAACAAUCGCCUGUUUGUUGGAUCUAUCCCAAAGAAUAAAACUCGAGAAAGUAUAUUGGAAGACUUUGGCAAAGUUACAGAGGGUCUUCAAGAAGUGAUUCUGUACCACCAGCCAGAUGAUAAGAAAAAAAACAGGGGAUUCUGCUUCCUGGAGUAUGAGGACCAUAAGUCUGCUGCACAAGCACGUCGUCGGCUCAUGAGUGGAAAGGUCAAAGUGUGGGGCAAUCCAGUAACUGUGGAGUGGGCCGACCCUGUUGCUGAGCCAGACCCGGAGGUUAUGGCAAAGGUAAAAGUGCUCUUUGUAAGGAAACUGGCCACAGCAGUAACAGAAGAGCUCCUUGAAAAGACAUUCUCCCAGUUUGGAAAGCUGGAGCGAGUGAAAAAACUAAAAGAUUACGCCUUUGUCCAUUUCGAAGACAGGGAUGCUGCUGUAAAGGCUAUGGAUGAGAUGAAUGGAAAGCAGCUUGGAGGUGAAGAAAUUGAGAUUGUUCUGGCAAAGCCUCCAGAUAAGAAGAGGAAAGAGCGCCAAGCGGCUAGACAGACCAGGAAUGCUGGGUAUGACGACUACUAUUACUACCCACCUCCACGCAUGCCACCACCAGGGCGUGGUAGAGGGCGGGGUGGUCGGGGUGGGUUUUCCUAUCCAGCAGAUUACUAUGGCUAUGAAGACUAUUAUGAUGACUACUAUGGCUAUGACUAUCAUGACUACCGUGGUGGCUAUGAAGACCCUUACUACAGCUACGAUGACGUAUACAGUAGCAGAGGGCGUGGCAGCCGUCCUAGCAGGGGUGGGCCGCCUCAAUCUAGGGCCCGCGGGGCGCCACCGACCCGAGGCAGGGGAGGUUAUUCCCAAAGAGGGCCGCCCCUGGGAGCACCAAGGGGUAGCCGCGGAGGUCGUGGAACCCCUUUCCAGCCACAAAGGGGCCGCGGGCCUCGUGGGGCCCGGGGAAAUCGUGGGGGGAAUGUCGGAGGCAAGAGGAAGGCAGAUGUGUUCAACCAGCCAGACUCCAAGCGCCGCCAGACCAACAACCAGCAGAACUGGGGGUCCCAGCCCAUCGCCCAGCAGCCGCUGCAGCAAGGGGCCGACUAUUCCGAAAUCUGCACAUCAGCUCGAUCCCUUGCCUCUCCUUUUUGAAGACACCAAAGGAUGUGACCACCCAAAAGGGUUAAAAUUCUUCACGUUUUGCAGGUUCUUCUGAAGCAACGUGGAGAAGCAAUGAGAGAGCAGCGCUGCUAGAGUGAAGAACUCACCUGAGCGGUACUCCAGGAAGCAGUACUUCCCUAAGACACAUGGACUGAUGGAUGAAGCCUCCACAAGCUGCAAGGAAUCCUUCACAGUCCACAACAUGCAACUAAAGGGUACAAAGCCAUAGGAGGCAGAUGGCGGGAGAUGACCACACGUCACAUUCCUGCAGAGUGCAAUCAUCUGAUAAGUUUUGUUUUUUUACAUAUUGGUCUGCUUUUUAAUUAUUGUCAUCUAUAAUUCUACUGGUACAAGAGUAAAGGGAUCGGUUUAUGUAAUCGUUAUCACAGAUGUCAAUUUGUUCCAUGGUCCUAAUUAAAAUGUAGAUUAUUCGAUGGCUCCCUCAUGAAUAAAUAAAUGAGGGUUGUCAUACAUUCUGUGAAUUGAAAAAUAUAUAAAUAUGAAAAGCAUUGUCAUUUUUAAGCAGAUUACAUCAUGAAUUAGCACAUUCACUAACAUUGCUGUGGUUUAGUUUUUUGUAUGUGUACAUUUUAUUUCGCUUUUAUAAUAUGUUGUGUUUUUUAGUUUUGUAUAAGGCAAUUUUUGUUUUAUUUUUACUAAAAAUGAAAAAUGUGCACUUAGUACGCCUGUGGAUGAUUCAAAACUCGCCAUCUUGUCGAAGUAGUGAGGAAGGACUAACUUGAAAUAAUGGCGGCUGAAUAGCAAACCUUUGUCGUGGAAAGAAAUAAGCACGCGGGAAGUGGUUAAAAUGGCGAUCGUCAUUUCCGGUGAGUGAGUAAGACUCAUCCAUUUGGGACAGAAAGACACUAACCUUUGAGUGUGUGUAUAUAUAUAUAUAUGUAUUUAUUAAAAUUGUUUUACCGAAGUGUACUUUUGUUCAAGUCGUUUUGUCAGAAUCCAAUAUGAAAGACCACUUCCAUUCCGACCAUAAUGACACAAUUUGAAUGAAAAGUUCGCAUGUUACGCAAUGAAUGUCUAUAAAAAGCAACUGAUUGUUUUAGAAUGUAUUAACGUCAAUAAAAUAUAUGGUUGAUUACACUAA